AUGUCUACUGAUAUCGAUGGCGAUUCCGAAAUGCUGUCCUCUUCUGGGUCAGCUUCCCCGGCCGGCGCCCGUACACCCACCGAAACUCGCCAACAGUUUGCGGGUUCUGAGCUGUCUCCGCCUGGCUCUCAGACGAGAUCACAGCAUGGGGUCACGGGACAAGCUACCGCGUCAUCUACUGGAGGUGCUGGAGGAUUCGAAAAGACAGGCGAGAGCCAUACCCCUACCGAUGGAAAGGCGCAAACCACCGAGCAGAAGGAACAGCCGGGGGCAUCGUGGAUGAACCAGCGCGCGCAGGAAGAGUACCAGCGAGCCUUGGAGUCUGUCGUGGACAAGGAUUUCAGCCUACGGACUGACAUCGCAUACAGAGGAAUUCGGAGACCCGUUCGACGAGAGAGAUAUGACUGGACAAGGGUUCUAGAUGCCGUACUAGCAUUGCUUAUCGAGUUUGGAUCAAGAAUAUGUCGAAUGAUGACCUGGUAUGCAGGUUGUCCUUUUCCUGCGGAUUCGAAUAGAAACAGCUCACAAGGUUUACGUGGCAGAGACAACCAUACUUCUUGA